AUGACAAUGACAACAGAAAUUACAACUCCACAUUUUGACUUCUUUGAUGAAAAGAAAGUUGGUAUCGUGUUGGCACCUUUCUCUGGUGGUCAACCAAAAUCUGGUGUUGAAAAUGGUCCAAAGUAUUUGAUGAAACAAGGUUUAAGACAUGAUCUAGAAACCUUGGGAUGGACGACUAGUGUGGAAGAACCAUUACAAGACAAAGAUUUCGAAGCGCGCAAGAAUGAUGCUAGUGAUGUACAUGGGAUUGUGAAGAGACCAAAUUUAGUCGGUGAAGCCAGUCAGUUGGUUUAUCAAUCCGUUAAAAAAGUUGCCCAAGAGGGCAAACUAGCCCUCACUCUAGGUGGUGACCAUUCGAUUGCCAUUGGUUCAGUGGCGGGUGUAUUCGACCAAUACCCAAAUGCCGGUUUGCUAUGGAUUGACGCUCAUGCUGAUAUUAACACCCCAUCCUCUACGGAGUCUGGGAACCUCCAUGGCUGCCCAGUUUCAUUCUUGAUGGGUCUUGACGCUAAGAACACUCCACCUUCAUUACAAUGGAUUCCAAAAUGUCUAGAUCCAAAGAAGAUUGCGUAUAUUGGUCUAAGAGACGUUGACGCUGGCGAAAGACAAAUCUUGAAGGAAAAUGGCAUUGCAGCUUUCUCAAUGUAUCAUGUAGAUAGAUUUGGCUUGAACAAAGUUAUUGAGAUGGCUCUAGAAAAGGUGUGUCCGAAUGGAGAUGAACCAAUCAUGGUCUCUUACGAUGUUGACGCUAUUGACCCUCUAUACGUUCCAGCUACAGGUACUCCAGUAAGAGGUGGUUUGACUCUAAGAGAAGGUCUUUUCUUGGUAGAAAGAAUAGCAGAAACUGGUAGGCUAAUUGCUCUUGAUGUUGUUGAAUGUAACCCAGAAUUGGCUGCACAUGAUGGUCAUGUUGUAGAUACAAUUACUACUGGAUGUGCCAUCGCCAGAUGUGCUCUUGGUGAAACACUAUUAUGA